AUUAUAACAGACUUCAUGGGCAUCAGGAAUGAAAAUUUUAUGAAGGUAGCUGCAGUUGGGACUUGGAUGGGAGAUUUUGUCACAGCAUGGAUGGUCACUGAUAUGAUGCUUCAGGACAAACCCUACCCAGACUGGGGAAAGUCUGCCAGAGCUUUCUGGAAGAAAGGAAACAUUAGGAUCAUUUUAUUCUGGACGGUUCUUUUUACUCUGACCUCUGUAGUUGUGCUUGUCAUCACUACUGACUGGAUCAGCUGGGACAAGUUGAAUCGCGGAUUUCUGCCAAGUGAUGAGGUCUCAAGAGCUUUCUUGGCCUCUUUUAUCUUGGUGUUUGACCUUCUUAUUGUCAUGCAGCUGUUAAGAAAGGAAUCUGGGUCACAAGUAUUUGGCCAGAAACCUCCUUCAUGUGAUGCUGUGGCUCACCCUUUGGAUUUGUCUGUGGUUCGAGCCUUGUGUGAAUAA